CGCCCGCGGGGCGGGGCAGCGGCGUCGCCAUAGCGGGGCUGGCGGCAGCGGUUCAACCUCCAGAACUGUGUCAACAUACUCCAUAUGUGUCAUGACUGUGAUUUGGUCAACUUCAUUUUUUGGUUUGCUUUCUCCAUUACAAUAUCAAAAGAGAAAAGUUGUAAUGUAAUCUGCACCCCAGAAAUCACCACUGACUUUUUUAAUCGUCAGGAUGAUGCCAUGAUAUAGGAGUGAUGUGGGAACCACCUGUUCUGUGUGAAGGACAAGAAAUAAAAUAUUUCAUAAAGGGAAGAAACAAAACAUCCGAUAAAUGGAAGCCAUGAAGAUAUCGAAGCGGUUCUUUGCUUUUGGGAUUUUGGCAUGCAUAGCUAUUUAUGUUGCAUAUAUAAAAUGGCACUUGGAUUCCAAACCAGUCAUGGGAGCAACUGUUGCUGAAAGCAGGGGAGAGAAACUGAACCGUCAGGCACUGACUGCAGAUCUCUCGGUCUUUUAUGGAAUUAUGUUUGAUGCAGGAAGCACAGGAACUCGCAUCCAUAUUUUUAAAUUUACCCAGCAGCCAAAAGAGACUCCCAGAUUAACCCAUGAGACAUUUAAAGCACUGAAGCCAGGUCUGUCUGCAUAUGCUGAUGAUGUCGAAAAGAGUGGCCAGGGAAUAAAAGAUCUCCUGGAGGUGGCAAAGAAGGAAGUUCCUGUCGAGCUGUGGAAGUUUACUCCUCUGGUCCUGAAAGCCACAGCUGGCCUACGUUUGCUGCCAGGAGAGAAAGCUCAGAAGCUGCUGGAUAAGGUGAAGGAGAUUUUUCAGGCCUCCCCCUUCUUUGUGAGGGACAACUGCGUGUCCAUAAUGAAUGGAACAGAUGAAGGUAUUUCAGCCUGGAUCACAAUAAAUUUUUUAACAGGUAACCUAGAUGAUCCACAGAAGAAAACUGUAGGGAUGCUGGAUUUGGGUGGUGGAUCAACACAGAUCACCUUCCUUCCACGCACCAAGAUGACUCUCCAGCAAUCACCAGUUGGCCACACAACUUCAUUUCAGAUGUUUAACAACACUUACAAGUUAUAUUCAUACAGUUACCUGGGACUCGGGCUGAUGUCAGCAAGGCUCGCCAUUUUAGGAGGAGUUGAGGGAAAACCCUUACGAGAAGGGGAGGAAUUGAUCAGCCCUUGUUUACCACCCGGCUUCAAAUCUGAGUGGCAGCAUGCUGAGAUAGUGUACAAAAUUAAGGGACAGAAGGCAGGUGAGCCUCUGUAUGAGUCUUGUUCUAACAAAGUGGCAAAGAUGCUUUACAAAAAAGUGCAUAAAGCUGAGGAAGUGAAAGACUUGGAUUUUUAUACUUUCUCCUACUACUAUGACUGUGCAGCAGAGGUUGGUCUUAUAGAUAAAGAAAAUGGAGGAAGCUUAACUGUUGCUGACUUUGAAACUGCAGCUAAAUACAUAUGUAAGACCAUGGAAAUCAGCCCUGGAAGUAGCCCCUUUCUCUGCAUGGAUCUCACGUACAUCACCUUCCUCCUGCAAGAGCUGGGCUUCCCAAAGAGCCAAGUCUUUAAGCUUGCCCGGAAAAUUGACAAUGUUGAAACAAGCUGGGCACUGGGAGCCACUUUUCAUUACAUUGACUCACUCAAUAGAAUGCAGUACUAAAGUUCCUUGAAGGUGACUUUCGGGAAGAUUUUUGGGUUUUGGAAGCUAAACACAGGAGAACCUGUUGAGGGGCCUGUUUUUGGCUUCCAGAGUCCUCUGGGAAGUGAUAAACUAGGCACCUUUCCUCCAUCCCCUUGAUCACUAGCUCUUCUUUACUCUGCAGAGUGCAGUAUCUAAAGGGCAAGCCUUGAUUUGACAGCAUCUGGGUUCAACAUGAUGUAAAAUUUGGUAAUUCUUGAAGGAAAACCAGGACUCUGCAGGACAUCUAUGAUCUCUAUGAGAAAAUCCCUUUUGUUUUUGGAAUAUGCCUGUUACAAUGUGCUUAUACUGUGGUGAAGUUGCUGUGGGAAAAGGUCACUCCAGAAGAAAUUCUUUACUGUCCUGAUUUCAGGGUGUUUUUCCUUCUUGUUAGCAGUUCUCAGUGAUUAUUUUUAUUUUACUACUUCUGUGUUUGAAAGUAAACUUCUGCACGUGCGUGCAAAGACAGCACAUUUACACACGUGCUGCUGGCAGGCAGUGGCUUUGGAAUAUACUAUGGGAGUCUCAGCUCUGCUUUCCACUUGCUGAAGCAGGAAAGCUCAGGAGCAGUUUGGAAACCAUAUGGACUUACAGGCAUGACUCAGAGCCUCUGUACCCUGUAGGGUUAAAGCCUACAGCCUAAUGUUGGUUCCCUGGCUGUUGAGAUGGGUGGUGGAAGACAACAUCAGAUUUGAUGGAUGAACAAGACCUGGGAGCUGGGUACAGGGCUAAUGAUAGAUUUGGCAGUUCUGGAGUUGGUCAGGGCAAGACUGAUGAACAAGAGGCAGCCACAGAAAUAAACACCAAGUAGGGUUGUUGGACCUCACAGACAUUUGUGCCUCUGCAAGGUUGAUGCAGGGCCUGGGAUGAAAGUAUUUACAUUGUUAUUUGGGUGCUGCUGCCUGCAGACACACCUCGCUGUGAUAAGUGAAUGUAUUGUGGUUGCACUGAGCCCUGGCAGGGUACCUGCAACAUUCCACUCAGAUCUUGGAAGCAAUGGAAGCUGAAGUGGACAUGCUGUGCUAUUUGUAAUCUAACUGUGGAAUUGUGUUGUAUUUGUAUGGAUGUUUAGAGCAGACCUGAGUGGUCUUUUGGGAGUGCUAAAGAGCCCAGUCUACCUGCGAGCCAGCAGUGUGUGCACCAGCUCGUGGGCUCAUGGCCACAAGACUACUCCUUGGGGCAGUGUGACAUGGUGUGGCAGUCUGCACAUGAGUGUACAGGGGACACUGAACCCCACUGUACCGGCAAUAAAACCCCCAAUUUAAAA